GUAAAUAUGCGAGCAUGUGUGCGAAUUUGACUUUUUUUCCAUAGAUUAGAUCUAAUAUAAUUUACUCGUAUACAUUUGCAUGUCAUUAAAAAUUAAUUGAAUAUCAUUUUGAGUUCUCUGACACGAUUGGAAUCAAUAAAGACAAUGAUUCAAGCAAUAUUUUUAGAUAGAUUUGGAAAAUUGCUUCCAUAUUCUUGUUGAGAGGCGUUUAUGGCGCGUCAGUCUCCGAACACCCCACUCAUUUAUUUCUUUUCACUUGGCUGCCUUGUGUGUGGAGUGGUUUUUCGGUCAGCUAUAUUUUUGGGUGCAUUAGAACGGUUAUAUAGCCUUGAUUAGAACCGAGAAUAUCUUCAGCAAGAAAGGGUGGUGCCGCCGCUGCUGCACCCAUUAGCACGUUAUGAAUAUCACCUUUCCCGUGCGCGAGCCGCUGGUGCCCAAGAAGCAUGCCAUCAGCGAUGACUACACGCUGUCCAGUCAUGUGCUCGGGCUCGGCAUCAACGGAAAGGUGCUGGCGUGCGUCCACAAGGCCACAGGAAAGAAAUACGCCCUCAAGAUUUUACGCGAUAACCCCAAGUCGCGGCGCGAGGUGGACAUCCACUGGCGCGCCUCGGCCUGCCCGCACAUCGUCAACAUCCACGCCGUGUACGAGAACAUGCAGGGCACUAACCGCUGUCUGCUGAUCGUCAUGGAGUGCAUGGAGGGCGGCGAGCUGUUCCAGCGCAUCCAGGACCGGCCCAACGGCGCCUUCACCGAACGCGAGGCGGCCGAGGUGGUCCACUCCAUCUGUAUGGCCGUCUAUCACCUGCACUCUGUCAACAUAGCGCACCGCGACCUCAAGCCGGAGAACCUUCUCUACACCACCAAAGGCGAGGACGGCGUGCUGAAGCUGACCGACUUCGGGUUCGCCAAGGAGAUCCUGGCGCGCGACUCGCUGCAGACGCCCUGCUACACGCCCUACUACGUGGCGCCGGAGGUGCUCGGCCCGGAAAAGUACGACCGCUCGUGCGACAUCUGGAGCCUGGGAGUCAUCAUGUACAUCCUCCUGUGCGGCUUCCCGCCGUUCUACAGUAACCACGGCCUGGCCAUCUCGCCCGGCAUGAAGAAGCGGAUCCGCGCCGGCGAGUACGACUUCCCCAACCCCGAGUGGCGCAACGUCAGCAAGGAGGCCAAGGAGCUCAUCAGAGACAUGCUCAAGACGAACCCGCAGCACCGUCCCACCAUCGAGGACGUGAUGCGACACAAGUGGAUCGCGAAAUACGCCGAGGUGCCGCAGACGCCGCUCUGCACGGCCCAGGUGCUGAAGGAGGAGGAGGACCAGUGGCCAGAGGUGCAGGACGAGAUGACCCGCUCGCUCGCCACCAUGCGCGUCGACUACGACCAGAUCAACCUCAAGAGCAUCGCCAACUCGGACAACUCGCUGCUGGCCAAGCGGCGGAACCGGGCGAACGCGGCGGCCGCCGAGCAGGCCGCCGCCCAGCCGAUGCAGAUGUGAGAGGCCGCGGCGAGCGCGCGCGGCGGCUCACCGCCAGCGCCCGUCUUAUUUUUGGAUGUCGUUUUACCGUGAGUGGACGGCCGAGGAGAGGAGCGGCGGUACCUCCGCGGCCACCGUCGGAGGCCGAGAGGCGGCUUCCAGAGGGUCCGGCGCCCGGGUCCACUUCCCUGACCACCUGGCCCGCGGCGGGCCAGGCCCAGGGCGUCACGAGGCCAGAGCAAGUCACCCGGUCGCGCUCGUCUCGCAUAAUCUGGAACUGGUGAGCGCAGUGGUGCCGCGACUGAGCAGUGAGACUGAGCUGCACUCGGCUCACCACAGAGACAGAGCGGCCAGAGAUUCACCCUCGGGGCGGCGGCCGGUGAGAGGCAUUCUGAGCCUGUGAGACGUGUGAACGUGUGACAAGGGACUGGUGUGAACGUAUGUGUGUGCAGAGUGGCGGUGAGCGUGUCACUCCCGGCCGGUGGAGACCCCGCCGUCCGCCGGCGUCUCACAACUCGACUGCGCCGCUUUAGUCUAUGCAACUGAUCGACGUACUCCCGUAUGAUAUAAUGACGCGCGCGACAACGUCUGAGAGGGGGGGGGGCGAAGAACGGUCUUAGUUGGUGCGUACGGCCUGUGGCGACUUCCCCAAAAGCCACGACUGCAUCAACAGUCGACUCGGAGACCGCUCGCCUGGGUUGUGUUGACCCUCCCUGCAUGGGUUAGUGAAGCGGCCGGGGAGCGCUGCGUUGUCCGGCCUCGGCCUCCGCCGGAGGAUUCCGGCGGACGAUGUUGGCGUCGUCCCCAGCUGUUCGAGUCGUAGUUCGCGUUCAGCGUUUAACCCGCGCGCCGGGCGGUCUAACCGACUCGACGGUAUAACGAGAUGUUCGGAGCUGUGUGGAGUGAAUGUUUUAACGGCUCGACCGUGUUUAAGUGAAACCGUGAGAUCAUAGAAUUCGUGCGACAGUGAGGUCUGCGGAGGGCCGGCUGUCUGAGGCGCGGCCGCCGUGGUAUCUGAAUCAAAUGUACCGACAACAUCAGCGGACUCAAAUCUGCCGCAUAUGAGUUUUUUGGUUCUCUAGAGAUGCUUGAAACAAACCUCUGUCCCUCACGGCCAGCUUACAAUCACGCUCGCGCUCUACCGCCCCCUUUGUUUGUGAUAUGUAGCAAUGAAUUAUGCAGACUCUAUGACGAUCACCUAUGCAGCGGGUGCGCGGGACUCCCGCUCGCGCCCCGCCCCCGCCCGCGCGGCCCGCAAUCACCACGGUCCGCGAGCCCUCCGCGCGCGCGUCGACCGCAGUCGGCCCGGUGGAGCCCCGGCUGCAGUCCGCCGGCCGCGCGGCCCGUGAAGUGCCCUUACGGGGACCGAUGGGGAGUGUGCCAAACGCGGGGCGGGUGAGCGAUCGAGGCCGUUUUACUGUAAAUAGUCUUAAUCUCCAAAGUGGCGGGACGGAGCGCGAGUUGGCGCCGUUUUCGGUGCUGCAGGUGUUAAUACAAGGCCUCUAACCGA